AUGGAUAACAGCCAAGCACAGCGACCCUCAGUAGCGGUCAUCGGGGCUGGACCAACUGGUCUAUCGAUGCUUAAAACAUUGCUCGAAGAUGGGUUCGACGCGACCUUAUUUGAGAGGAGAAGUCGCGUUGGCGGCUUGUGGUCAUUCACAGACGACAAGACCAUGACUACUGCCCUUCCAACAACCAACGCAUUGCUUAGCAAGUAUACUUGUGGAUUCACCGAUUUUCCGAUGCCAGACAAAUAUCCUCCGUUUUUGAUGCAAAGCCAGUUCGAGGAAUACAUGGAGUCAUAUGCUGAACACUUUGGCCUUUACAAACAUAUUGUGUUCAAUGCAUUAGUCCAAAAGGUGGUGCGUAACGACGACGGAUCGAAGUGGCAAGUUGAGAUGAUCAGGUCUGGCAUGCCGGAUGUCCAACAGUUUGACAAGGUUGUGUUUUGCCAUGGAUACCAAACGAAAAAGAAAAUGCCAUCUUAUGAGGGGCAAGACAUGUUUUCAGGCACUAUAAUUCAUUCUCAACAGUUCCGCAACCCGGCAGACUUCAAAGACCAAAAGGUCGUCAUAGUUGGCCUCAGUGCCACUGUGAGCGACCUCCUUCCUCUUCUUGUCAUGAAAUCACAGAAAGUCUACCUUUCUCACCGCAACGGCACUUGGAUUGCGAGCCGUUGGCGCAACGGUCUGCCAACUGACCUACUUGUUACUCGCUGGCGGAGACAGAUGUCGUUCGCCCUCCAGAGCAGAUUCCCCGAUUUGGCGAACAAGUUGACCCAGCUUGCGACGGGAAUUCUGAUGAGACAGUUCGGCGAAAUUGACCCUUCAUUUCGGUUGUUCGAAGGGGCCGUACCGCUCAGCUUGCACGCUACUGCAUGCAGUGACGAAGUCUUGCAGCUCCUCCGUGACGGUAAAGUGACUUCUCUGCAUGGAAUCAAACGGUUUACCGGGCCGAGGUCAAUCGAGUUCGAUGAUGGAACGAUACUUGAAGAUGUGGAUUCUGUUAUCUGCUGCACAGGGUACAAAGCAGACUUUGAUCUCGUUCCAUUUCUGGAAACAAGCAAACCAAAGACUGAUGAUGCUGGACACCCGUAUGACGGAGCACCAAUGCAUCGGCUGUACAUGAAUAUUUUCCCACCGGCACAUGCAGACAGCAUUGCGAUGCUUACAUAUUCUGGGUUUGGCAAAAACAAUGGCUUCUCAUUCUCCGACGUAACUUCCAUGGCCAUCAGUAAUAUCUGGCGGGGCGUCAGUUCUGACUUGAUUCCUUCGAGGCCAGAGAUGGAGCGUGCGAUUGACCGCCACCAGCGGUGGGUCGCAGGGCGUUGGUACAAGGUCAACAGAACUGACAUAUCUGCCGUCAAGCAAUGGGAGUUUCAAGGAUUUCUGCACAAAGCAGCCGGGACAGGCAUGGAAAACCUUGGUUGGGGAUGGCGCGGGUGGCUGACCUUUUUUAAGGAUCCAUACAUGUGCUACCUCAUCAACCAUGGUGUUGAGACAGCGCAUGCAUUCAGAUAUUUUGAGACCGGCAAGAGAAAGACAUGGGAUGGGGCAAGAGAAGCAAUCAUUCAUAUUAACAGACUUGUCAAACAAUUAAAGGCGGCUAAAUAG